GUAGAAAGAGCAUGCUCUAAAUUCUCUAAGGAGUCAGCCUCCUAGUGUUAGAAUUCAUUAACAUUAAAUUGGGAAGUGACCCCACAAAGCAUAUACUUCAAACUCUUCAGUUACAAAUGAGAAAACUGAGGUGCAAAGAGAUGGUGAUAUAAUCCUCCUGGGAUCACAGAGAAAAGUCGCUGCAGAGUCCAGAUUAGAACCCAGGUCUCCUGACCCCCAAUCCAAGACUCUUUCUACUGUACUGAAUAUUGGGACUUCAUGGUUGACUUUGCUUCUUUCUCCUGUAGCCCAGGAAUCCCAGCCCCAGGAGGGACCUGCCUAUCAACUUUAACCAUUAUACCACAAAGAAGAGUGUUUCAGAGAGCAUGCUGGAUGUGGCCCUCUUCAUGUCCAAUGCCACUCGCCUGAAGGCUGUCCUGGAACGGGGACCACUCUCUCCCUACUACACAAUCCUUGUCACCCUCCUCAGCAUCUCUCUCCUCUUGCAGGUGGUCAUCGGGAUACUCCUCAUCAUAACUGCUCGGAUGAAUUUGAAUGAGGUGUCAAAGCAACAGCGGCUGAACCAGCUCAACAACACCACCAUGGCCAUGGUCUUCAUAACUGUCAUUAUCAAUAUUUUCAUCACAGCUUUUGGGGUGCAGAAGAUGGGGCAAUCCUGGCCCACACCCAAGCCCUACUGAAUCCAGCCUGAGGCUCAGCUGAGGGCCCUGGAGCUCUUUGGGCUUCCCUUUGACUUCUGCCAGCCUUGAGGACCUCUGCCCAGCUCAGCAUGCCUUCCCACCAGUACCUGGGAAAGCUCCCAACAUGGUAGUGUUAGUCCCAAACAAACUCAAAUCCUAUUUGGUUCUAUUGAUCAGUGAAUUCUAUAUUGGUGGUUGUAGAUGUCCUAAUGCCCCGCCAAUGUCCACCUUUCUGGUACUAUUUCUCCAAACCCAAGACUCUGACACAAAGUACAUAACUCUGGGCUAAUUGUUUCCAGGUCAGCUCAUUUCCCUUUCCCUAUUCUAGAUCCAUUUCCCUCCUUCUACAGAGAAAAGAGCAAUCUUUAAAUAAAUAAUAAUGUGAUCUGCUAAA